UUUACGGUUGCUAUGUGACGAAACAGGAACUUAGCUGGCAAAACAGUUAGCUACAACCAGACUUUUGCCAUUAUUAUCUAUUAUAUUAAAACCGAUUGCCUUGAGGUAAUUCGAUGUAACUAUCGUGCCUUGAUAGCAAGUCUAGGACUACCAAUAAGUAGGUUAUGGCAGGUGCUAAACCAAAGAGUCCGGUGGAUCUUGUUCACCAGAACGCAAUUCGUUGUGAGACCAUAAAGAAAGAGCAAAUGAGUCAGAAGUUGUAUACAGAGUUCAGCAUCAACCCAUUCAAAAAACUGCAUGUUUUGACUGAUAAGCCCAUGUCAAGGAAAACAAAUGAGCACGAGGAGGAAGACCCCACUUUCCUGAAAAUUAUUCACGGAGCUCGACUGGAACCCACGAAAAAGUACACCCAUCCACAGACGGAAAGCCAAGAGAUUGGCUGGAUAUCGACGCCCCUGAUCGUUCCAGAUCGCAGUGACCGGAGACUCAACUUCGCUCGCCAAAAUUCUGAAAUUACCAAGUACAUGGACGCUGCGUGGCGCCUGAAGGAACAAACGCAGAACCUUGGGUAGAGUUUCCCUUAUUUUCAUGCACAGCCAACUCCUCUGGACCCUCUAAAUUUAAAUAAACAAUUGAUACACAU